GGUAGAGAGAGAGCCGAGAGCCGAGCAGUGCGCUCGUGAUUCCUGCGCGACACGGAGCGCUUAUCGAUGCCUCCGCGUAUUACGAAAAUAUCUAUCUUUCUAUUUAUACAUAUACAAAUGUAUGUAAACUGUACAAUUUUACAAUGAUCGUUUGUAAGUUUAUACACUUUCCUAUUCGCCGGUGAAACGAGUUAAAUUUGAAUUUUCCGCCUCUGUAAAUAUACCCUCGAAUGAUCAACGUAACCGUACCGCCGACAUCAAAAACACAACGAUAACAGUAGCAGCAAUAAUAAUAAUAAUAAUAAUAAUAAUAAUAAUAAUAAUAAUAACAACAACAACAGCAACGAUAAUAAUGAUGGUAUAAUAAUGAGAAUGGCAAUAUCGCGGAACUACGAAGACGAGAGGAUUGGGAUUUUCAUUGAAUAAUUGUCAAGUGUGUAUACGUGUGUAUAUAUAUAUGUGGUGCUUCUGUAUGCUCCCCGUUUUCCCGUCUUCCGAGUAGUGCGUAUAUGUUUUUGUUCAGCUUCGUGUGUAACAUCAACAUUCCAAAAGGUUCAUUGAAAGACUCGUCGUGUUUUGUGCUCGAUUCCGGGUAUGCACGUGAACACGAAAAGAAAAUAGUAAUAAAAAGAAGUUAAGAAAUGUGUUGUACUCGUGGAUUUGCGCGGAGAAGACAAGUGCACGCGCGGCGGCCUCUCGGGCUACCUUAGUUUUUCUUUAUGUCUUUCCAAUUACAUACGCGGGGAUUUACACACACAAAUUUCAUCUAUCGGGAUUUUCUUUUCACCGAAUCACAUUUUUUUUAUCACACGCGACAUAGUGCUCGAUUCGAGAGGAAGGUCGGAUUGAAUAAAAAUAUAAAUAAUUCGUAUCGGGAAAGAGUAGGCGGUAGAAAGAGAAUUUGAAAAAAAUAAGCCGUGUGUGCGUGCGGUGCGUGGAACAGUGACAAAAAGAGUAGAAAAAAAAAGGUUUUUCCAUCGGUGAAGGGGGUCAGAGCGGCGUGAGGAGGGGAGUGAGAGGUGUCGCGGUGCAGUGUGGGCGGGGAGGGACGGUUUCGAGCGCCACCAAAGAACGGCACGACACUAGACGGGAAAGAGAGAAGAGGAAAAGCAGCACCGCCGGUGUGUACGUGUGCGUUGUGCGAGCCUCCCUUUUUUUUACUCGCGCAAAGUGCAAGAGCAAGAGAGGGAUAAAAGACGCGCGCACGCGUCUCUAUAUGUCUUGCUGCUGCUGCUGCUGCUGCUGCUGCUGCUGCUGCUCUUCGGUGUGUUUGUGUUUAACGUGCUUGUGUUUAAGUGCGCGGAGGAAAAGGUGGACAACGCGACGAGGACGUCGGAUGUCGACGGAGUCGACGACGACGACGACGACGACGACGGGCAAAAGGAGGUAACGGUGCGCGGUUAAGGGGAGGGGGGGGGGGGCCGUCGAAAAGGAAAAAAGUAGGGGAAAUGCCGAUCGCCGGUGGAAUUCUCGUUGCUGGAAGCGCCUCGCGUUGCCUCUCCUCUGCCGCUGGCAUGCUUCGAUUCCUCGCCAGACUUUCAGGGAGACGACGGCACGUGCGUCGGAGUUGCGGACCAGGUGGUGGAUCGGGCUGCUGCGGUACGGUAAAAUCCGGGGAGACAAGAGCGAUUUCAGACUCAGCUUGCAUCACGUCCGAGUGCGCCAGUAUCGAGGAUAUGGCGGGAACGACAGCCGCAACGGCAACUACAACGACGACGACGACGACGACGACGACGACGACGACGACGACGACGUUGAGAAUCGAUGAAAAAAGUCGACCCGAGGAACAAACGAACGAUGAAGCGAUCGACAGAAUUCAAGAUUCGAGAUGGACACCAAUGGAAAUUUCAAUCGAGAGGUUAUCGUGCGAUCGAUUGCGACAAUCGAACGACUACUACGAAGACGAUAGUUGUCGUUGCUACGCCGAAAGUUGUUCCCAUCAUCACCAUUGUACGUUAUUAAAUACCGAGGAAAGCCUUCGAAGUAACCAACGAGACCACGACGAGUACCUCGAACGUUCUUUUGAGCUUUCCCGACGCCUCGAGCUUCAACCGUCUCUCGUUUCUGCAUAUUCCUCCGAGACGUUACAGUCCCCUGACUACGUUUCGCCGCAUCUUACGUUCGUACAAGCCGAAACUCAACGAGUCGAGCCUCCUCGGUAUACCGAGCAACUUGAGCACGACGAUAAAUCCCGUAUCACCCGGAGACCGAAAUUCAACGGUCAAAGACCAAUGGCCAAACGUUACGAUGAGCUUGAUAAAUAUUCCCGUGUACAAGAUAUAAAAGAUAAUCACGAACGCGUACCGAGGCGAUUCCAUCACAGGCUUCACUCUCAUCGAAACAAUAAACAUUCUACGCCCGACACUUUUCCGUCAACCUCCCUCGUCGAAUCGAGCUUCGACGAUAUCGCCGCCGCCGCCACCACCACCACGACUACUACCACUACUACUACCACCACCACCAUCACCACCACCACCACCACCACCACCACCACCACCACCACUGGCAAUAGCACUACCAUCACCAGCACCGCAACUACAACGACAACGACCAUAUCGAGAACGAGAACGAGAACGAGAGAUUGCGCCGGCGAGCAUCUAGUCGAUGACAUUAAUUCACGUAGCAACGAUAAUCCUUCAAAAUUUAAAAGCUCCUCGAUAUCCUCGAACGAUCAAACUAUUUAUCAAAAUGAAAUGCAAGAACGGGAAUUGUCUCGUAACCAACGGAACGGCCAUCAUCCCGAUAGCUCGUCCUUUACCAAUACGAGCUACACGAGGAGACGAACCUUUCCACCCUAUCUCGCUACUCUGCUCAUCAUCUCGUACACGCUGUUUGGAAUUGCAGACGCGUGUUCGUCGAGGUCUACACCCAAACCAAGACCACCAACGCCGACACCAAGGCCCAACAUCACAUUCCACAUGUACACAUGUCCGCCCGAUUACGCGGAAUGGUACUGUCUCAACGGUGCUACGUGCUUCACCGUCAAAAUUCAAGAGUCACUGCUCUACAACUGCCUAUGCGCCAAUGGAUUCAUAGGACAGAGGUGCGAGUUCAAAGACUUGGAUGGUUCCUAUUUGCCUUCCAGACAACGGGUAAUGCUGGAGACGGCCAGCAUAGCCGGUGGUGCCACGAUAGCAGUAUUCCUCGUCGUUAUUAUCUGUAUAGCAGCUUACAUACAUUGUAAACGCAAGCAGAAAGAAUUGCGUACGAGCAGUACCUGCGUCGAUACGGUGGAUGGUCCUGGCCGAGAUCCGGAGCUGAGGCCGUUCAGCAACCGCAGCCGCUCCCUAAUGAUCUUCAUGGCCAAGAAUCCAAACGGCUCGAUGCGUCCAUCUAUCGAGCAAACACGAAUGCCUGGAUGGUGCGACUAUUCGCAGACGGAGACGGCGAGGAUGGCUUCCGUAAACGAGGAAAAACGAGGCUCGAGCCAGUGAAAGUAGAGAAUUCGAGGAGAGCGCGACAUCAGGGCUGAGAUGGAGCAAGAAAGAGCGAAAACAGAAGUAAGCAAAGCCGUGCGAGAACAAAUUAAGAAUAAAGUGCGAGAAAAAUUCACCCUUUCGUCGUAUUCUUCGUCCGAAAGGAGAAUGAAGGAAAAAGGAAACACAACGUAAGGGGGGAGAAGGAGGAGGAAAAAACAAGAAAAGGGAACGUCUCGACGAAUAACAACCUCAAAGGACAAGCAGCAAGCUCCGACCGACAGAAAUAACUAUCGAAUUAUUUGUAGCGGAGUGGGGAAUUAAAACUGCGUUAUACAUUUGUGGACCGAAUUCGAAACGCAAAUCAAAAGAGAAAAAAUAAUAGCAUUUAAAUUUUCUAACAUUUUUCGCUAAAGUUAGCGCGUGUUCGCACGCCCAGUUUCGAAUUACGAAGGAAAAAAAAACGAAAACAAUCCUCGAUAUAUUCCGCGUUCAUCGCACAUCUUCGUUUUUCUUGUGUUUUUUCUUUAUCAUUUUUUAAAUUGAAUUUUUCUACUAGAGUAUCGUCGAGACAUUCCCGAUUCGACAUUUUGCCGGAUCUCCGUCCAGUCGAGCACGACCUCGGUUUUCGUUUUCGUGUUUUUUUUUUGUUUUUUAAUUCCAUCAACUUUGAAUGAUCGACAGAAAAUGUUUGUAAUAAUUCCUUCGUCGUAAGUUCAUGAUCUUCCACACGAUUGAGCUUGUUAUGAAAAAAAAAAAGAAAAAAAAAAAAGGAGAGAAAAGUAAUUUUUUCUACCAUCGGGGUUACGAGUUUUACUGAAAACAAAAUCCGUGAGUUUUGUUCCGAAUUUUCGUAAGUUUGCGAUUCCCAAUGUGCUUGCUCGUUUAAGCGAAUAUUUUUCGCGCUAUCACGUUUUUUCUCCCCUCUUUUCCUUUUGAUGGCAAUGGUCGUAAGUAUAGUUGGCCAACUAAUAAAUUUAGCCAAUCAUUCGAGCCGAGCAUGAAUUUUUUUCAAUCAAAUAAUAGAUCGAAAAUUGUAUUGCUCUCGACUUGUCGCGACCGUUAUAGUGGCGCAUAAGGAAAAUGAGGAACAAAGAAAAUUGAAAAAAUUAUAGUCGAAAAUAUGAAAACUUAUCUCGCGUGUAAAUAUCAAAAGUUGCAUGUUUAGCGAGGAUCAAGUUCGGACGUGUCGGACGAUGAAUAAAAUAUAAUUCACGAGUUCGAGAAUGAAAGAAGAAGAAUUUAAAAGACGACACACGAAUUAGUAUUCAUCGAUGAUUUGUACAUUAUGUAGAUACUCGUAUGAAAAAUGACCUUCCGAGCGAUUUAAUCAUCGCGAUGCUUGCUUAAAUUUUCCUUUCUGACGUUUGAGACAUCGAAUUGAAACCAAUGAAAGAACAACCCAUCUAAUGAAAAAAAAAAAAAAAAAAAAAAAAAAAAACAAACAGAAACACAGAAGGCUUUAAUAGCUUAUUAAAGGUUCUGGAACUGAUUCUGCUGCGUCAGAACGAGUUGUUCCUUACCUCCCGUUUCGUACUCUCUUUAGUCCCAGUAUUCCGACACUCGGGAGACCAUUCGCGCUCCCGUAGAUCAACAGGCAAGUUUGAUUUACGGUGCGAUCUUAAUUAAUCGCAAUGAUAUAUAUACUUCCACAUAUAAUCGAGUCUCGAUUAUGUAAGGAUUUGUAAACUCAAAAGAUUCGAAAAAACAUUAAAACCCAUCGCAUUAUUUGAAUUGAAUGCCCAUUAAUGGAAUAAAAAAGUAAUAAAAAUAAAAUCAUUAAGGAAGCGUAACGUAUGAAGGGAGAAUCUAUAGAUAAUCCGUUUAGUGGACGAGAGGUGCAGGACGAAACGACACAAGGCGGAAAAAAAAGAAGCGAGAGAGAGCGAGAAUUUUCUAGCAUAAUAUAAUUUAAUUAUUCAUCAUACUUUAUAUAUUGUACUUGGUUCCUAAUUUAUUAUUCUCAUUAUUAUCUAUUAUUAUUCUCAUCAUCUAUCUAUCUAUUAUUAUUACUAUUACUAUUAUUAUUAUUAUUAUCUAUUAUCGAUUAUUACCAUUAUUAAUCGCAGAGCCGAGAGGGAGGGGGCGUUGAAAAAGAACAAACCGAUAAUUCCAUAUGAACGUAUCAAUUAACGAUUAGUCCGUGUGUGUUUGAGAGAGCGAGAGAAGGUGCACACUUCGAUUUUAUUCGGUUAUGGGUAUUCACAAAUUAUCGGGAGAAAAAGAACAAAUUAAAUAAAUUACUUAAUCUUGGUAUCGCUCUGACGCCUGAAUUAUCAAAGAAUUGCCUUUAAUAAAAAUUACCACCGCGGGAUCGGUUUGAUAAUCAACGGCUUUACCAGUUAUCAUCGAUUAUCGUACAAAUUAAUGAGGAGGAUAAUGAAAAAUAAUUUAAAAGAAUUAGAAAAAAGCAGGAAUUAAGCAUACAAUUUUCAUGAUAAUAGUUAACUUUCGUUCCUAAGAGAUCUUGACACAUAAUCUUUAUUCGCCACGAAAAAAAGCGCGCUAAUGAUUGUGAAAAACGAGACUAAAAAACGUUUAUCGACGUAGAAAUGUUGCCUUCAAUCCGUACUCCCAACAACACUCUGCUCGCGUGGAAAUUAAGCUUCAACGUGCGAUAGGAAAGCGAAUAAUAUACAUCAUAUAAAAUUGAUAAUAGAUACAAACAAAGAGUAACGAACGAAAAAUAACUGUAUUUGGUUAUGAUCGCCUAAGAUGAAGAUAAAAAUCAUACCCACUCACAAAUGAAUACUGUACACGUCUGUGUUGUGUAACUCACGAUCAGCGAAACUAUAAUUUUGAACAGACAAAAAAACGAACUAACGAAUAAAUUCCACAUUCUUCCCAACCUUCGUUCCUUUUCUCCUCGUUCAGUACUAACAAAACAAUAGAAAACAAACGUAAAAUUGUAAACCCGACCGACUUGUAAUAAUAUUGUUUGUAGACAAUGGUGGCAUUUUUAGUACAUCAGACAGCGCCGUGUAAUUGAGAGCUAACGAAUUGAGAUAACAAUGCUUCGAUAUUGCGAACUUUCGAUCGUCGAUUUUUCUAAACGGUCGGAAAUUAACUUAAUUCGAAUGUUAUUAAUUCAGGAAAGGAAAUAAAAAAAAAUUAUGCGAGGCGUGUCUGUCUAUCGGGUGAUGAAAUCGGGUAUCCGAUUGUCUCUGAUUUCGGAAGAUUCAAGAAAGACGAACGAGUUUUCCAUCGUUCUCGAAUCCCAGUUAUAAUAGUAAUAAUAAAAAAUCACCUUAUCGUUGUGAUUAUUUUCUGUUGAUUUCCGAAUAUUCUCUUAGUUUGUUAAAGAAAAUAGCGUUAGCAAUAAUGAAAAGAAGAAAAAUUAAAUAUAAACGUGGAAAGAACCUCUCGUCAUUCUCGCAAUAUCGUCGCCUUGAAAUCUUAGUCGAAAUUUAAAAAAUGAAAAAGAAAACAAAAAUUUUUUGAAAAUUGUAAAAUUUGUAACUGCGAAAGUAACGCGAGCGCUUUAUGACCGGCGGAUGGUAGGUACCCCGUCCGACAUAUACACCAAAUCCGUACUUGCGGUAUGCUGUCCGUUGCAAAUGUACCAAAGAGACACGUCAUUGAACUGAUGAAAUAAAUAAAUUGAAAAAAAAAAAUGAAAAAAAAAAAAAAACAAUAAACCAUCGAACAACGACGACGAUCGAGAAGCGUUAUAUCCGCCAGUUCGUAUCAUCCAGAAUAACGAGAUUGCCAUGUGUAACCACGGGAUACAAGGUGGAUGAUAUCGUGUGUAAAAAAACAUUUGGAAAGUGGAAUUACCGGAAUAACUUGGCUGGAAAAAUUAAUCGGAAGUCAACUCUCGCUCGAAAUACUCGUUUUUGCAGGAGUAAAAAAAUGUUACUCUUUCAUUCCCAACAUUUUCUCGUUAUUUUAUUUUCUUAUCAAUAAUGCUGGAACAAACAUUUUUUUUUUUUUUUUUUUUUUUUUUUUCGUAACAAGUAUAAAAUAUUUUCUUAUCGAUAAUUUUUUCAAGUUGCGAUUCUCCCUCUUGCUAAUGCUAUACUUUUACGAAUGCUUCACGUCGAAAAAGAAAAAAAAAACAAACUAAUGUGAAUUCUCAAGGGGUAUAUACGAAGGAAGUUGGAUAUAAAUAAUACAAUUUUCGAAGA